AUGAAUUAAUUAGAAAAAACUCCUAAUUAAAGAUUGUAGAGAACUUAAAGUUAAUAAGAUGAAAAAUGGUUUAAAUAAUUACAUAGAAUUUCUUCUUCUUUAAAGUAUUGUUUUAUUUGUAAAUUAGAAAUUUAAAAACAACACAAGAAAGAAAUGUAUAUAUUAAAAAAGUUGCACGUUAAAGAGAAUUAGAUAAAAUCAUUCAUGAAAAAUAAGUUAUCUAAUAAAAAUCAUAUUUAUUAGAUAGAAGCAAAAAGAAAUUUCUUUCUUUAAUUAGAUGCAAAGAUCCUGAAACAUUUUUCUUAAAAUUUAAGCCAAUCUAAAAACCCUUAAAUAUGUUAAGAAUGGUUUCAGAAUUAAAUUUAGCCGAAAAAGUUCAAAUGAACCUUAAUCAAAAAUCAAAACAUGAAGAUGAAUCCAGUCCUAUAGUAAAUAGGACUUUUAAUAAGAAUAACAAAAUGUAAGAAAAAUGAUAUUAAUAUAGGGGAGGCACUAAAGUAACUGAACUAAAUGUAUCAAAGGAAUCUUCUUAAGGUGAUAUUAUGAAGCCUAGAAAGACGUUAGAAUAUUUAUUUUAAGAUAAUAAGAAAUAGAAUCCACUUUUAUAAAAUGAAUAUGAUUUGGAGAAAAGUAAGUCAAAAAAAUAAUCAUAAAGCAGAUCAUAUUCUCAAUAUUCGAAAUCGAACAUGAAUACUCUCUUAAAAACUGAUAUCAAUACUCUCUUAACAGAAAUGGAUUAAGUUAAUACUAAAAUGAAUAAUAAAUUACUUAAAAUAAGUAAAGUUUCAAGUUAAAUGUAAGGUUAUUAUUAAAAUUAUAGUCUAGCUAGAAAUGGAAUAUUUUUAUAAACUAAAAACAUACCUAAUUCUAUAAAAGUAAAUUCAUAAGACAAUAUAUGUUUAGAAGAUGAUAGUAACAUUUUAUAUAUUCUAGAUUCUUCAUUGGCUUCUCAUACUGAAUUGAUGUUAGAUAAUUUGUAUGGAAAUACUAAAAAACUAAAUUCAGAUACUAAAAAUUUAGAAAUGAGAAAGAAGGAGUAUGAACAGGAGUCAAUUAAAUUAUUCUAUAAAAAAAUUUAUUGCAAGAUCUGA